UUUGCGCUCUGAACGUUUCAUCCGAGAACUGGAGCAAGAGGCAGAAUGCUCUGAAGUCUGAUGUAAGACAAUAAGAGCAUUCUGCAUCCACUUAGCUCAGUCAACUUCACUAUUCAGCUUUCAGGUUUUAUUCAAGUAACUUCAAAAACAUAGCAACAGACAUUUGCGUUACAUCUUUCCAAGGUGAGGUCACUUUCGUCUACAUGCUGAAGAACCCUCAAGAGUUCUAUACACCGAAAUGAGAAUGACAAAGGCUUUAUUGAAUGAAACUUGAGGUACAAGCCAUCCUUUUUCAAUCGGGCUUUUGAAGUAGGGACUUUUACUGACUAUUGGGUAUAGACCAAAACAAUCAACAAUGAAGUUUAUGAAACUUGGAACAAGGCCCGAUACCUUCUACUCAGAACAAGCCACUAGGACUCUGGUUUCAGAUAUACCUUCAGACCUUGUGAUUCAAGUCAAUAAUAUCACUUUUCUACUGCACAAGUUUCCACUUCUUCCAAAAUGUGGCCUCCUGCAGAGGCUUUGCUCUGAUUCUAGUGAUUCUGAGUCUAUCUCUAUAGAGCUUCACGAUAUUCCUGGAGGGGAAGAAGCUUUUGAACUCUGUGCUAAGUUUUGCUAUGGAAUUUCAAUAAAUAUAAGUGCUCACAACAUCGUACCUGCACUCUGUGCCGCCAAGUUCCUCCGGAUGACUGACUCCAUUGAGAAGGGAAACUUUGUUGGUAAACUUGAGGCUUUCCUGAAUUCCUGCGUACUUGAAGGUUGGAAGGACUCCAUUGUGACUUUGCAGACCACAGCUAAGUUACAAGAUUGGUCUGAGAAUGUUGGUAUAGUCAGAAAGUGCAUUGAUUCAAUUAUUGAGAAAGUUCUCACGCCCCCACAACAGGUCAAAUGGUCCUACACUUACACCAGGCCCGGGUACAAGAAAAAACAGAACCCCGGUGUCCCAAAGGAUUGGUGGACGGAGGAUGUUUCUGAUCUUGAGAUAGACCUUUUCCGAUGUAUAAUCAUGGCUAUCAGAUCGGCAUAUGUGCUACCACCACCACUUAUAGGUGAAGCCUUGCAUGUCUAUGCCUGUAGGUGGCUCCCAGGGAUCACAAAGCUUAGGAGUUCAACAAGUUCAGCUUCUCAGACAGAAGAAUCCAAGGAAAGAAAUGGAAGGAUUCUUGAAACAAUUGUAGGCAUGAUUCCGGCAGAUAGAGGGUCAGUUUCAGUUGGCUUCUUGUUAAGACUUCUCAGAGUUGCAAAUUUUCUUGGGGUCUCCCCAAUGACGAAGACUGAACUAAUAAAGAGAGCCAGCCUACAAUUUGAGGAGGCAACAGUGAGUGAUCUGCUUUACCCUUCAACAUCACUUUCUGACCAUCACUUUUAUGAUAUAGACAUAGUUCUAGCAGUGCUGGAAAGUUACUUGAAGCUUUGGAAAAGAAUGGCUCCUGGUGCAGUAGAGAGCAGCAACUUUUUAAGGUCAAUUAGAAGUGUCAGCAAGCUCAUUGAUUCAUAUCUUCAAGUGAUUGCAAGGGAUCAUAAUAUGACGGUGUCAAAAUUUGUUUCUCUUGCUGAAACUGUACCCGAUGUUGCCCGAGCGGAACAUGAUGAUCUGUACAAGGCCAUUAACAUCUAUCUCAAGGAGCAUCCUGACCUGAGCAAGGCCGACAAGAAGCGCCUGUGUCGUAUUCUAGACUGCCAGAAACUGUCCCCGGAAGUCCGAGCUCAUGCUGUGAAAAACGAGCUUCUUCCUUUGAGAACGGUUGUGCAGCUGCUCUACUUUGAACAAGAAAAAGACUCCUCCAUGUCUACCACUAGCCACCAUAAAAUGCCAAAACCUCACGAGCUUCUUCUUGGAGCCAAAAAGAGGCCACAAGUCAGAGAGAGCAACGGGAAGCAAUAUUCUAUAGGCCCAGAUAAAGAACUCAAGAGAGAAGAAGACACAAGAAGCGUAUCUCUUCCUGUAACCAGAGAAAAAGAUCGACCCAAAAUUAAAAGAUCAGGCAGUAAGUUGCCAGAGGAACUAGAAAGGAAGAUGGUUAUAAAAGAGGUUGAAGAAACGGGAUCAGAGAGGGGAAUGGAAGUGAAAGAAGAAAGUAUACCAGGUGGUAGCAGGUUGAACUUGGAUCCUAAGAAAAGCAUGAGAAGGGCACGAAGUAAGUCAGAGUAUGCCGUGAAAAAGGAAGAUAGAGAGAAAUAUAUAUCUUAGACACAACAUCUGUUUAAUUACUUUUAUAUGUGAACUUAGUAAUUUCAAUUCUUAUUAUUUUCUUUUUCCAGUGACAUAAAUGUUGUACUACAAGUACAAGCAGAUAAAUAUUUGCACUUUACUGUUUCACGGUAAAGAGUUGCGAUUAUUAGGAAAUAUUUGAGAAAUUUUUGUUGUAUUUUAUCUA